CCCCUCCUCGGCCGGCCCGCAGCAGGGCGGCGGCGGCGGCUUCCGGCGGCGCCCUGCUGCCUUCAACAAAGAUGGUGCUUCCCGCGCAAGCUCCGCGGGCGCCGGCGCCUCCCGGGUAGCCUCCCGCUCCCCUCGGGUUGCCAGAUGGAUACCAGAGACAAGCAGCUUUUACGCUCCCUGCGCCUGGAGCUCUGCACAGAGGUGCUGGUGGAUGGACUUGUUAUUCAGUAUCUCUACCAAGAAGGGAUUCUCACAGACAGUCACGUUCAAGAAAUAAAAGCCCAAACUACUAGUCAGAGGAAAACCAUGAUGCUCCUUGAUAUUCUCCCCACCAGAGGACCCAAAGCUUUUGAUGUGUUCUUGGAUUCCUUACAGGAGUUCCCAUGGGUUAAGGACAAGCUCAUGCUGAAGCGUAAGGAAAUAACAAUACAAGAUCCUUCAGAUUUAACUGAAGUUGCACCGUGCAUUUUGAAGAUGUCACCAACAGAUCAGCAGUUGAACAAGCUGGCGAGGAGGCUGGGACCUGAAUGGGAGCAUGUAGCUCUGUGCUUGGGUUUGUCCCAUACUGACAUCUAUCGAUGUAAAGUCAAUCACCCUCACAACCUGCAGUCACAGAUCGUAGCUGCAUUUGUCCUGUGGAAACAGCGGCUGGGGAAAAAAGCAACAAUCCAAAGUCUGCACUCCAGUCUGAUGGCAGAGGAGGUGGAUCCUUCAGUGAUACAGUACAUGCUUGAGUAAAGCCAUGCUAUUUAUUCAGAGCAUCCACGUAUUUCGUUAAACUAAGUAAAGAGGAUGGAAAUGUAUGUUGAAGAUUGGAUGCUUCAAGCUGUAAAAAAAGUGGAAUUGGGAACUGUGAUUUUAUUAAGCUGAAACAUUCCAGUUUUCUGUGGCAUCUUGUGACUUGUAAUUCUUUUCAUGCCAGAUUAAUUUUUAGCAGGCAUUAAAAAAAUGGAUCACUCUU